AUGAAACAAAAUAGUAGACUAUUGAUCUUCUUGAUAGAUGGCUUAGGCGAUGUCAACAUACCCCAUCUCGAGUCAAAGACGCCAUUGCAGUAUGCUCAUACACCAUGGCUCGAUAAACUAUGUGAUAAGGGGUUAAACGGACUGCUAGACCCGGUGGAACCAGGUUUGGCGUGUGGUUCUGAUACAGCUCACAUGUCCAUCUUGGGCUAUGAUCCCAGAAAAUACUAUGAAGGAAGAGGUGCGUUUGAAAGCAUGGGCGCCGGUCUUGACAUGAUCCCAUCGGAUAUUGCAUUCAAGUCCAACUUUGCGUAUUUGGACAAGACAUCAGGCAUCGUAGUCAAGCGAAAAGCAGAUCGACAUUUUGAAGGCAUUGGCCCUAUUUUAUGCAAAGCAAUCGACAAUGUGAAAUUACCUUCGUUUCCAGAUCAUUCUGUUUCUGUCAAAUAUGCUAUUGAGCAUCGCUGCGGCGUCAGAGUGAGAGGCCCAGGAUUAGCAUCCUCCAUUACAGGCACAGAUCCCUUAGUAGACAACAAACCUCUCGUCUACUGUGAACCCACCCUAGAUAAUGAAGCUUCCAUCAUGACAAGCAAAUUGACAAACGAGCUAUCAGACGCAUUUUACGACAUACUCAUUCACCAUCCCAUCAACAAAGAAAGAAUGGAAGCAGGAAAGAAUCCAGCCAACUGUGUUUUGUUACGAGGAUGCGGAAGUUGCAUUGAUGUGCCAAGCAUCCAACAAUUGCAUGGAUUGAAAAGCUUUCUUAUUGCACCCACCUGUAUCAUUGCUGGUAUUGGUAUGACAUUGGGCAUGGAUCUGUUGCACGUGCCAGGCGCAACAGGCGAUUACAAUACAAACUUCGAUGCAAAGGCCAAGGCAUGCUUAGAGAAUAUACAAUCAGGCGCAUACGAUUUUGGAUUUUGUCAUUUGAAAGCAGUGGAUGAUGCGGGCCAUGAUCAUGAUUUCGAGAAAAAGGUCUUUUAUCUCGAGAAAAUAGAUCAAAUGAUUGGUAGCGUUAUAUCGAGUUUAGAGAAGAACAUGGAUACAAAGUACACGGUUAUAGUUACUGGGGAUCAUACCACGCCAUCCUUGUAUGGUGAUCACAGUUGCGAGCCGGUUCCUUUUGUCAUCAGCUCUAUCAAUGGCGAUACACAGCGUAUGGGAGACUCUGUCAACUCAUUUAAUGAAAUUGCUGCUGCUCAGGGCGCUUUGGGAAGGUUUUGCGGUGAUCAAGUGAUGCCUUUAGCUAAACAGUUUAUGCAAAAGUAUUAG